AUGGCUGCGUUGGUCCAAACAAUUCCGCAACAGAGUGGCUCGGUUCCCGUACUUCAGACACGUCCUUCAUCCUCAUCAGGCACCUUCUCUUCUCCAUCACAAAACGGCUCUCGCUUUCAGACUAUGUCUUGGGGAUCAUUCAAUGCUGGCAAUUCUGGGAGCUAUCGAGCAGGUCACCAGGUUGUGGCUCCAUACGCCUACAAUCCGAACGUAGGCCAUUCUGCGAACGUUAAUCGGCAGUCUUGGACACCACAUCUACGUCCUGAGAAUCGCACACUCUCAGCGCCAAGCACCCCUCACCAAACCUACACCAGCGCUGGUCCACGAUCCCCCCAUCUUGCAGCUGGUUCUGUAUCCAAUUCCUCAUCAAACUCCUUACCCCGUCCCUAUGUUUCCAAGGACGACAGCGCACUUCCUUCACGGCAACCACGCAGCGACCAACCUAUUCGUCCCCUAUCUACAGCCAACCUUCCAUCUCCCUCCACCAUGAACUCCCCAAAACCCUCCCCAAACCGGUACCGCCGUACCACCCAAAGAGCGGAAGCCACUGCUGCUCCCUCAUCCGCUGCGGCUCCAGCUACUAUUCCGACGGUUAUUGUUGAUGAUUUGGGUGCCCCACGACCAGUACGACCGAAUGCCCAUAACCGAGUUGCAAGUGUGGAUGAUUCAUCCCAUGUGGAGAGGGCCCAGCCUGAGCGGUAUCGACGACGUAGCCUGGGUAACAUGGAUACCUCGGCGUAUCCUAGCCUACAACUGGAUCUCCCUACCCCGUCUCCUGCUCAGUCAGGAUCCUACGAUUUUAUCACAUUUGAUGCCAACCAAAGGCCUGUCUCUGCCCACUCCCAGCGGGACAGCGUCGGGAGCGUCCACUCCACACACUCUUCAGCUUCAUCGGCACGAGAAGGGACCCUGCCGGACUCGAGCUCCAUAACUAGCAAAACUGGCAAGUCAGAAGAAAAGCGCACGACCAAGCCUUCGCCGUUGUCACAACCUGCGACACAACCCGAAACCCCCGAAACCAAACCUCAACCCGAAACUCGAAACCAGCCAAAACCGUCUCCAUUGGACUCCCCCGCGGCCAAGCGUCUGACGGAUCUGAAAAAUGAAUCGCAGCGUCCCGGGAAGUCGCGCCUAAGGCGAGCUUUCUCCUUCGGCAGCGCCUCCGAGCUUCUGAAGACAUCUGCACAGAGCAAUGCUGCUAAGCGGGAAGCCAUUGCGGCGGAACACGCGCGCCGUGCUGCAUUGAGGGAACAACUGGGGCCAGAACAAGCUGCCAUUGCGGAACAGCAGGAACUGAGUGGGCUGGGUGAAAACAUUUACUCUAAUCAAGGCCACUUCUUCACCGGAUCCACUGACAACCUGUCUGUGUCCUCGACCGCUUCUUCUGCGUCGAUGAUGCUCCGCAAGAUGGGCAAGGGCAUGAAGCGCUCCACCCGUUCAUUGGUUGGCAUGUUCCGUCCUAAAUCAGUUGCCAGCAUCAAUUCUAUUGAGGGUGCCAACAACGACGCUUCGCCUCCGCAAAUCACCGUGGUAAAUGUUGAGGCUGAACGAGAUAGCGUCAAAGUCAAUCCUGAACCCUCAGAUCUGGCCCGUGGAGGUACUGUCUUCCCUAAGAUCGAGGGCAAUGCUUCGGAGGUUGCUUCCUUCCGGGAAAGGGCUGCCACAGAGUCCCCACAAUCGCGUAAGAGCAUCGUGGGGGGAGACCGAGAACGGGCAGAGAUUCUGGCUGCCGUUCGGAAGGGCAUCCUCAAGAAAACCCAUUCGGACUUUGGUGUCUCGCCUCCAAAUGCACUGGCCGGUGGCGACUCACCUCACUCCAGUGCUCCUCCUACACCUGACGAGUCUGGACGAUCCCCGGCUCAGCAGAGUGAUUCGGUGAAGAUUGCCGGCGAGGACUAUUUCCUUUCGAACGCAGGGCGGUUCCCCUCGGAGGCGAAGAGUGCGCCAAUUAGCCCGUCAGCUGGUGGUAGAAAUAUCGUCUUCAGCCCUCGCAUUCAGUUCCACGAAACUUGGCCUAGCGGCGAGUAUGAUCGACGUGGAGAGAUUGCAACCUGCAAUCGUCUUACUCCCCUCCUUGCGCAGCAAAUCCGGGAGGAGAUCAACAAUUUCAAAAUGGAGAUGGAAGUCCAUGAGAACUCCAAGAUUUACACACACUUCAUUUGA